AUGUGGCUGAAACCGAAUAGGAUAAAACUGAUUAAUCAAAUCGAACCCAGGCAUAGCCGACAGAACCGACAGAACCGACAGAACCGACAGAACCGACAGAACCGACAGAACCGACAGAACCGACAGAACCGACAUAACCGACAGAACCGACAGAACCGACAGAACCGACAGCACUGACUACAGGAACUAGAAGUACAUUGAAUUUUUCUUAGUAAUGAGAUAUAUAUAACUAGCUAAGCUGACACGAUACUCACUUUUAGAUAACGUGGUUUAACAGCUAGCCACCAAAGCCAUUCAGUUUACAAAACAAGCGCAGAUCCUUGGGCACGUUGGGAUCGCAGACGCGUAGACGACAGCCGAGCGCUAGGGGGAGACUGUAGGUAUCUGUUACGAACCUAAGGAGGGGACACAGCACAAGAUAUGAAGGGCAGAAGGAUGAAGGCCUUGUCAG